AUGCCGGGCGCCGAGCGGCUCCUCGCGCUCCUCCGAAGGCACGAGGUUCCCACCGCGCUCGCCACGUCCACGCCGGCCAAGUACCUCAGCGCCAAGCUCGCGUCGCACCCGAACCUACUCGAGCACGUCGCCUGCGUGUGCACCGGCGACCAAUUCCCCCUGGGUAAGCCCGACCCGUCCAUCUUCCUCCUCGCCGCCGAGCGCCUCGGCGUGGAAGACCCGUCGUGCUGCCUCGUCGUCGAGGACACGCCGCUGGGGUGCCAGGCGGCCAAGGCGGCGGGGAUGAGGGUACUCGCCGUGCCAUCCAUACAGAACCACGACCUGUACACGGGGCACGCCGACGAGUUGUGUCGAUCGCUCUACGACGUCGACCCGACGCGUUGGGGUUUGCCCGCGUUUGA